UAUUUCUAUAUCUCUCUUCCCUUUUCAUAUUCAAAACACAUUUUCAAUUAGCCUGUAAUUAAUUCUGUCCAUAGUUGCUUCUCAUACAAGCACCACAAUCAAAUGGAGAUGUUUGCUUUUUUUUUUUUUUUGGUUUUUUCCUUUUUCCAUUUCGUUGGAGUAAAAAAAAAAAAAAAUUAUUUAAAAGCCGAGUAAAAUUAGACAGAGAGGAGAGAGAGUAAGUGAGAAGGAAGGAAAAAUAAAUGAGAAAGAGGGAGUAAAUUUGAUAUCUUUAACUGUCAGAACAAAUGUAGUAGAACCUUCCAUUUUGGCGCUGUCAACUCCCCAGCACACUUUCAAUAACAAGCAUCUUUUUGUAAGCUGACUGUUACCUGAGAUGAUUUGUAAUUAUUAUAAAGCUGACAUAAGCUUCUGCUUUGGUUAUUACUGAAAAUAAAUCGAGGACGAAACGUCGAUGAAGUACGGACUGUAACUUAUCCGUUCAUCAAGACAUUUCCCUAAUGUUUCUUCAUAUUCCAGAAACUUAUAAUCCAUGAUGGAUCCUAGUGACCAUACCUCCCCAAGUCACAAUUUCUUUGAUCCUGCCAGUAUUUUAAGUUCAGCAGCAUUUGGUCCUGCAUCAGUGACCAGCAGUCUGGCUUUUCCACACCUGGCUCACAUGCCAAGUGCUUUCUCAAUGCUUGGCCACCCACCUGGUUUUCCAAUUCCACCAUCCUUUGGAGGACUUGGUGUCUUGGGCGAUGGAUUAACCAGUCCUUUACGGCACUCUCUCAACCAUGCUGCAGCAGCACCUCUCCUUCACACAUUUGGUAGCAGUCCAGUGUUUGGCCUGUCUGCAGGAAAGAACACAGUGACCAAAUCCAGCACGACCGUGGCUACCACCACCACAAGUAGUGUACGAACUUGUUUAAGUUCAAGCAGUCGCAGUAGUCACAUGCCAGUCACGAGUUCCACAAAUGCACACUCUAAAUCUAAACAGCGUUCAAAACAACGGCAGCAUCCUGCACACCGAGAGUCAGCUGCAAUAGUGACUUCACUGCAUCGAGAGCCAGGUGGGCCAUUAGGAUUACACAUUCCACUUGGCUCUUCAUCAUCGUCGUCUAUAUCUCCAUCUUCAUUGGUUUCCUCUUCUCAGUCUCACCGGGCUUCAACGUCAACUACCACCACCACAUCUACUAAGUCUACUGCUGUUGUACAGUCCCAUACAAAUACGGGGGGGCACAAACAUGGCUUAUUGCAAGAUAAAAAUAUGUCUCCUGUCUCAUCACAAAACCUGAAGAAAGUUUCUGCUACUGAUCACCAAAUAGAUAACACCAAGAAAAAACUCUUAGCUGAACAAAUUCGACAGAAAAUGAAGUCCAUCUUAACUCCACUACAGACGCCUGUUUAUAAACCUGAAUUACACCAACCACGAGCAAAAGGUCGACCUCCAAAACAAUUAUCAACUGCUGUAAUGGAUAUGAGAGAAACAAAUUCCGAAGAUAAACCAUUACAGUUGGUUAAAAAAUCAGUUCAUCACAACAAUGAAGAACUAUCAAUGUAUCGGCCACUUGAUCUGAAAACCCCCAUCUCUUCAUCUGCUCAUGUUCCUGGUGUCAAAAAUAAAUCAGAGAAUGGUGACUCUAAAAGUAGUUUAUUGUCUAGUAGUUACUCAGCUAACGGCCAAAACGAUUCUGUCAUCACCAAAUACAAAUUGAUGAGUGAUAAAAACAGUUCCAAUAGUAGCAGUUCUGAUGAGGAUUCUGAUUCUGGUUCAGAAAGUGACAGUUCCGAUAGUUCAGACAGUGGAUCUUGUUCAGACAGUAUGGAAUCAGAUGAUGAUCAAUCAACCCGUGACAGUGAAAAUAGUUCAACAUCCUUUACUACAGGAGACAAAAGAACUGCUGAUAUUAGUGGGAAUGGCUCUGGAACAUCUGCUCCUGUGAAGAAACGCCGUGUCAUAGAUGAAAAGGAGUUACGGAUUCCUCUAGAACACAGUUGGCAACGACAAACCAAAAUUAGGGGUAUUGGAAAACGUGGUAUCAUUGGAGAAGUCAUGUACCAUGCUCCAUGUGGUAAAAAGCUUCGUACUUAUUCAGAUGUGAUGAGGUAUCUAGAGAAAAAUGGUAUCACAGAUUUGUGCAAAGAGAACUUUUCCUUCAGCACUAAAGCUCCCAUUGGUGAAUUUUUUGAACAGCGACAUGGUGAAAAUGGAUAUGUUUUGUUAUCUGAGCAUGAGGUUUUUGACCGAUUUACUCAAGUACAAUUCAAUCGAAGAAGGCGUAGAAAUUUAGACCCUGAAGCUUUAGCACUGAAGAAAAAACGAAAAGAAGAAAAGUAUGAAGCAGCACAACAAGCAGCAGAAUUGAAAAUGCAAAGGAAAUUAGAACGACAAAAGCAGAAAGAAAUGGCCAAAAAGGUUAAACAAAUAAAAGAAAACGCGUACAAACAAGUACGCUGGGAACAGCAUAUAGCCAUUGAACGGAAACAAAUGAAAGAACAAGAAAAGCAGGUUAAACAACAGGAAAAGCUAAAACGUCAAGAACAACUGCGAAUGGAACGAGAAAUUCGGGCUCAACAAGUCUUGGAGUCCAAUCUGUUUUGGUAUCACCUGGAACGAGAACGUGAAAUGAAACGCCAACAAGCUGUCAUGAUGAGAGAACAGGUUAGUUGGAACCUUGAACGAGAACGACGUCGGCAGCACAUGUUGUUGGUGAAAUCCCUUGAAGCCCGGCGACGACAAGAAGAAAGGGAGCGAUUAAAAGAAGAAAAACAGAAAGAAAAAUUGAUAGAAAGAGAACGGAAAUUGAAUCAGAGAAGAGUUGAACUUCAAAUUGCGGCUGAGUUGAAAAAGCCUAUUGAAGACAUGGAGAUCAAAGACAUCAAGGAAUUACCUCAGCUGCCUCGGAUAGAAGGUGUCUGCUUAGCAGGAAACGCCUUUGCCGAUGCUUUGAUGGUACUGGAAUUCAUGCAUAAUUUUGCCAAAGCCUUAUCAAUACCUGAAGAUUUUAUUCCAGACAUGACUGACUUACAGAACUGUUUGAUGGGAGACAAGAAAGAGGAUUUAGAUAAAUACACAAGCUAUGCUAGCAAACUUCUGAAGAUUGCCCUCACUGACCCUGGAGUGCCAAACCCAAAAGAAGCUGUCACAGCGUUGGGCCAGAAAAUCGUUGACAUUGAACUAGAUGACACCAUGAUUACAGAAGUUUUACGAAUAUUUAUUAUCUCACGGAAUAAUGGGGAUAAUGAGAUCUCAGAAUGGUUAAGUGAGAAACCAUUAAACGCUUUUAAUGCCACACAGAAGGCUUCUGUUUUGGCUUUUCUAUGCAAUGAACUUCUUUGUGGCAGACUUUUGUCAAAUGAAGUUGAGAAGACUAUUGAAAGUAUGUCGACUUUGAGGCGGGAUAAAUGGAUUGUCGAAGGAAAAUUGAGACGAUUAAGGAUUAUACAAGCGAAGAAGUACAACCGUCCGUCACCUAAGAUCUCCCUCCAUGAAAGUUCUUCCCCACUGCUGGAUGAAGACAGCCACGCAACCAAUGUGUCUGGUAGUAAACAGGGCAGUGAUGAAGAAGAGGACAGUGGCAAUGACAGUGAUAUCACUACGGUCACAAGUGUUGGGAUUAUAUCAGAAGGAGAGGAGGAAGAUCCUAUUAAUUCUGAAGAUUGUGAGAAAAAAAUAGAAAAAUUACAAAGGCAACACAGUCAGUAUCAACACAAAGUGUUUGAAGCUUCUCAUAAACUGCGGGCAGUUUCUUUUGGUCAAGAUCGUUUCAAGCGCCGUUACUGGCUUCUGCCAUAUUGUGGAAGGUUGUUUGUUGAAGGGCUGGAAUCUGGUGCCAUGGGGAGUGAGGAUGAAGAAGAAGAAGAGACUGGCGGUGAAGAUGAAAACGAGAUCGAUUACGAAAACAAUGAAGAUACUGAAAGCAAAUCUCAGACGGGAAGUGAAGAUUUAAAGGACAGCAUUAAGAAAGAACCGAAAAGUGAAGAUGAGGAAGAAGAGGAUGAAGAAGAGAUGGACAGAAAGGAACUAAUGGAUUGUAAGCUAUCGGAACCCAUAGCUAACAGCACUCCUGUAAAGUGUGAAUCACCAAAGACAGACCACAAAUCAAAUUCAAAAAAUAGUAUUAGUCAUGUUAAAGAAGAAAACCCUACUAAUUUAUUUCUACAAAAACCAGAAGCUACCAAAUUUAGUGAUUUAAUUCAUAUUUCCAAACCAGACGGUGCCCCUACUUCACAAGAUACUAAGUCUAAUAUUGUAAAUAGCCAUCAUGACAGUGGCACGUCACCAACCACAUCGUCAUCUGUAAAUACAUCAUCUCCAAACAACUCCACAUUAUCCACACACUCAGACACUAAGCCCAGUUUUGUCAGCAUUGACUCUCUCCUGAAGAAAGACCAUGAACCCAGUAGUCCUACGCUGCCAUUUGUCCCCUCGAUGGCUACCUACCCCAUGCCCCCAAUCUUCACGGACCAACUCCUGAAAACUGCUUCAGAGAUAAACGAUCAGAAACCCUGGUUCAGCAUCCUUCCCAGAAUGCCUUGUGAUGAGACCUCUUUAACGCGCUCACCUUUGAACAUAUCACAUCGGAUGCUGAACAACUCGCCUUUCAUUUUCCAGCCCAUGCCAUUCCAUGCCUUCCCCGUACGCAGCCCAGCAUUUGCUUCGUUUCAAAUGGGGCAGAUCCAAAGUAACCCGGUGGACUUUAACAUGAACAUGUUCAACAACAACACAAAUAAUUCCAACACCUAUUUCAAAGUGCCACCAGUUCCUCAAGAGGCUUCCUCCAUGAACAAUUCCUCCUCAUCCUCUCUCCUCCAAAAUUCCCCCUUAUUACCUGUAAUUGCACCUACGUCAAAUGGAAAUGGACUCAUUGAUUCUGAUCCUGAAGGUCUGCUCAAAAGUUUACAAGGAGAGCUUAAACCAAUUCCAAAAGCCAUGAAAUCUGGCUGGUGGUAUCUAGCUGACCCAGAACAUUUAAAAGGCGUGCUGAAGUGCCUUCAUCCUCGCGGCAUACGGGAAAAGAACCUCCAGAAAGCUUUACAGAAAUAUUUUGACCAAGCCUGUCAAGCCUGCAAGAAGGAUAUGAGAGACGAACUCAAAAUCCAAGUGAGAGAGGAGUUUCAAUAUGUUUCCACAACUGGAGCCCCUCCACCAGAUUUAGACUCAAGUUGGAUGUCUAAUGUAGCUCACCAACUAGAGAACAGUGUCAUGGAAACCAUAGGAAAACUUGAAGAACGUGUGUUUUCUGCAAGUUUACAAGUUAAGCUACGUGACAAACAGGAUGGCCAAAACUGCAGCGUUUCAGCCAAGGGAUCAAAGUUACCUCCGAAACCAGUUGCUCCACCCUCUGAAAGUGAUCCACCUCCAAAUCCAGGUGAAGAAACAGAGGAACAAAAGCAAAGUUUCUUAGAAGAUGCACAAAAACGACUCUUAAAAUUGGAACGAAAUAUUGAGCGACGUUACUUAAAACCACCAUUAUGUAAAAAAAUCCAGAUUAGUUUGUCUAAUAUUGCAUUAGCUGGAGAGAACCAAAAUAGUUCCCAUGAAAACAGAAAAGACGAGGGGGAGGAAGACGUUCCACCUGGACUGCUCACCUGGCGAAAUGCCGUCCAUUCAGCCAAAUCUGUCGCUCAGUUAUCAAUAUGUGCUAACUUCUUGAUUAACUCUAUAGCAUGGGAAAAAUCAAUCAUGAAAGUGCUGUGUCAGAUCUGCCGUAAAGAUGACAAUGAAGCUGAGUUACUUCUCUGUGAUGGCUGUGAUAAAGGUUACCACACUUACUGCUUCAAGCCUAAAAUGGAAACUAUUCCUGAUGGUGACUGGUACUGUUAUGAAUGUAUUUCCAAAGCUACUGGAGUCCCUUGCUGUGUUGCUUGUGGCAAGAAAAAUGGAAAACUGGCAACUUGUGAUGAAUGUCCUCGAGCUUUUCACAUAGAUUGUUUAAUUCCUCCAUUGCAAAGGUUACCAAAAAAGUGGUUAUGUGCAUCCUGUGUGGCUGGAAAGGGUACAAAGAAAUCAAAGCGUGGGCGGAAAAAAAAAGAAGAAACUAUAAAAAAGGAAAAAAAAAAUUUGGAAAACAGCAAAUCAGACGAAGAAAAGAAAAAGGAACAAUUUGCUAAAGAAAUGGCAUGUUGCAAAACCAUUCUUUUGGAACUGGAAAAAAACAAAAAUGGUUGGCCAUUUUUGCAACCUGUGAAUUUAAAACAGUUUCCAUCAUAUAAGAAAUAUAUAAAGAAACCAAUGGAUUUUAAUUCAAUGAAAAUAAAACUCAGGGAUAAUCAAUAUAAAUCAAAGGACCAGUUUGCUGCCGACACUCACCUAAUAUUCGACAACUGUGAAAUAUUCAACGAGGACGAUUCAGAGGUUGGCAAUGCUGGCCACGCUUUGCGCCGCUAUUUCAUAAAGCGCUGGAACGAACUGUUAGGUGACAACAAAAACCAAGAUGAAGAAACAUCAACGACCAAAGCCUCGAACGAUGAAGGUUCACCAGAUGACAGCUAAUGCUUCAUUUAUUUUUCCUAAUUACAAAAUAACAAUACAAAUCCACCCCCACCUCCUUCACAAUUUGCAAAAUUACAAAAAAAAAAACAUUUUUUUUUGUUAAUGGUUACUGCUCCCCACUCUCCUUACGUACCCCCCACCCUUCCAAAAAAAUGUUUGUAUUUUGCAUAUUUCCAAUAUCUUAUGUGAAUACUACUAUAACAACUACAUUUGUAAAUUUCCCAUAAUGCAUAAGUUAAAUUUUAGUGUAAUCCAUGUGUUCAAAUGCCUGCUAAUGUCUGCAUAACUGCCAUCUGUUGUUUUUGUCUUGUUUUGUUUUCAAUGAGCACAUACAUACAUACAUAUAUAUAUACAUACAUAUAUAUAUAUAGUUAUGUAUCGGUGUACCUGUGUAGGGAGGUAGAGGAGGGUGAUAGUGAGAGUUGGUGCGUGCAUGUGUGUGCGUGUGCAUGGAUGUGUGUUUGUGUGUAAAUACACUCAUACCAGUAUGAUUCAGUUUGGUUUUUUUGUUUUCCUUUCAUUAAGGAUAUCUAUAAAAUUUGCCAAAAGUUAAGAAAACAUUAUGCAAUAAUUGUACCCACUUUUGUGGCAACUUUCGUAAACUACAAUGCAAAAAAAAAAGAAAAAAAGCCACAUUUUGAGCAGGAGUUUAUAACGACAUCUGAUAAUUUGGUCAAU